UGCUUUCUUGCACUCGACUACCACCAUCCUUAGCCUCGCGUCGCAAAUGCUCGAUGUUCUCACUUUUUUGCAGAUCAUGACUUGCACACCAUUACUGACGCUUGUAACGGUUUUUAUCUCUGACGAAGACGUGCCUUUCUUUCGCCGUCUCCCCGCCCAGGCUUUGUCAUAGAAGGUAUUCGGGGCUAACACUGGUGCGGAUGGUGAUGUCGGCUACAAUCUUGCCUCGUCCGAGAGCACUCGUAUAUGAUGGAUAAUGGCAGGCUGGAAGCUGUGUGUGCGAGAAAGUUUGAGAGGAUUAUCAACGUGCGUCGUAGAGUCUUGAUCCGCGUUUGGGGACUCAACAUACUCGAACAACAUCCAGGAAUGCGGCGGAAACGUUUGCGACGAAAUGAGCAACACUUACAUCUUGAAGCGAAAAACCGUGUCCUCGACGCUUACUAAGACAGAUACUGCGCGAAUGACCAUGACCAUCACGCUGCAGACUGAAAUUCGUUGUGCAGCGCGUCGAUGCAAAUGUUUCCGAGAGCAGCUCCUCGAGAAAACCCAUGGCUGACCAACACCCUCGAGAGCACCCUGAAGAAAUAGUCUACUAGUGGGUAGCAACGGCAUACGCGAUCCCGGGCGGAGGGGAGGCAAGGUCUACAUAGCACUGGGCAAAUAAGUAACGUAUCAUGUUUCUACACGUACAUGUGAAUCCUAAUCGUGAAUGAUGCCUCUGGUUUCCAAACGGCCAUUAGAAACUUAUGAAGCGCUAUCUGCGGUCGUCCAGCUAAGAGCGCUGUCGGAAUAAUGGAGACUGCUCGAGUUUCAACAAUGAACAAAUCGUCGAACAGCAAGGCUAAAUAGCUAACCCGAGGGCUGCCAUAUCGGCCCAUCGCAGGACGUCGCCAGCUCAUCCGGCAGCGCAUUGAACAAGUUCUCUGCCGGGCAGCUUUAUGUUGACUAGGACUCGAACAGCGACAGCUGAAUGAAUCAGCCACCGAAUAGUGCAGGGCAAGCUGAUUCUCGAAACUUGUGCCAACAGAUUUUGCAAGUUUCACUCUGGGUUAUAGCCACAUCUUGCACAUCAGUCACCGACCCGAAUAUUCUCAUUUCUGCGCCAAAUUGCAUUAUAAGCCUGUCGAACUGGAGCAACGAAGCAGGGUGAAAAAUGAUGUUCUCCGCGUGGUGCUUUUCGUUCACUCACUUAGCGCUGUCAUCUGCUUCGUCUAUUACAGAGUAUUCGACCAUCGCAAGGCUAGCCUGUCGCUCAUGCUCGCGAAGGAGAUGCAAGAGUCGAUCGCAUGCUCCGCAGGCAGUCCCGUGCUACGACCCCAGUGGUCAGAAGGGGCGGUGCAUAAGACCGACCACAGUCAAUGUCGUAACAGACGGAUCAAUGAUUGGUCAGAACCAUACACCGCCAUGCGCACCGAUUAAUUCGCGAUGCUCGCAAGCAUGCACCUUGCUCCGUCUCAUCGCGGGCAGGAUCCUACAAUAUAACGAAAUUGAUGAUGGGAUCUUUGACGACCGUGGUCAGCCCACUGCCCUUAGCAAAUAUCGCCCGUGGUUAACCAUAUAAGAAAGCAAGCGGCGCAGGUGCAGACGACCACCAUAUUUCCUUCCCAUGUUUUCAGCACUCCUAUCAACCUUUCUGCUCCUCGUCCCGUUCGCCUGUGGUACCGCGCUUCAGAAGCGCGGCAUCACCGGGCCGGUCAUUACGAGCAACUUCCCCGACCCAUCGUUCGUGAAGGGCACCGACGGGCUGUGGUACGCGUUCUCGACCAACUCCGGCGGGCUGCACGUUCCCAUCGCGACUUCGUCCGACUUUGUCACCUGGACAGUCACCGGACAGGAUGCUUUGCCCACCGUCGGCGCGUGGAGCACGGGCGGCGACGUCUGGGCACCCGACGUCAUCCAGCGAGUAUGUCGCGCGUCCCACCCACUGGAAGCGAGAUGUGGCUGAUAUCUGUGGCACAGUCUGAUGGAAAGUUCGUCAUGUACUACACCGCGGACCAGAAUGGCAAUGGCGGGAAGCAUUGCGUUGCCGCGGCCGUCAGCGACAAUGCGCAAGGUCCAUAUACACCUGAGCCGGCCGCAUUCUCAUGCAAUACUGACCAGGGUGGCGCAAUUGACCCCGCUGGUUUUGUUGACGACGAUGGCACAGGUAGCGUUAACUUGGAUCUGUCAGGAACAUAUCUGACUGUGAGCGCAGUGUGGGUUGUCUGGAAGAUUGACGGCAACAGCAUUGGUCAUGGUGGUAACUGCAACAACGGUGUUCCUCCCAUUGUAUCUACGGUAAGCCGCUU